AGAUUUUUCAGAGAAACUGAUUGUGUACACAGAAUUACGUGACGUCAUUGAUUUGGAGGUUGCACUGGACGAAAUAACCCCAAUAAGGCGCAAAAAUUGAAGACGGUUUAUCAACAUAAUCUGGAAUUCAAACAGUCGAAUAGUUGGUUAUACCACCAAUCAAGAAUAAGCCAACAAAUCACCAGUACACAUGAGGUGUUAAUCCACAAGAAUUUGUGUGAAUGGUGUUAUUUGAUGAACCCGCCAUUUCAACAACAAACUAAAGGAAAACAAUUUGCAUCAUGGAAUUUGAAAGGCAGCCAUUGAGUGAUGCAACAAACACUAACAGACAUUCUAGUAGUGAUGGAUCUGACAAAUCUAUGGUGAGAUUCAACAAGCUGGUAGUAAAAGCCAAGGAAUAUGCAAGCAAGGGUGAUGUUGCAAAAGCACUUGCCCUCAAUCAAGAGGCCAUAAAGUUGUUCCCCUCAGACAAGUUAGCUAAACGGAUCGCUAAAAUGGAGGCAUAUUUGGCUGAAUUUGGGGAAGACAACUCAGAGGACAGUGAUAUGACACAUGUUGGUGAAGGAUUCUACUUGUACAAAGACCUUUAUGAUAAACUGUAUCCUCAUCAAAAAGAUGGCGUUCUUUGGCUAUGGAAACUGAAUAAAAAGAAGAGAGGAGGGAUCUUAGGAGAUGAUAUGGGUUUGGGUAAGACUAUCCAAGUGAUAGCAUUCCUCUCUGGAAUGUUUGAUGCUGAGCAGUGUAAGACAGUCCUCCUGGUGCUUCCUGUGGCUGUCAUGCUCAACUGGGAGAAAGAAUUUGAAAAAUGGUCUCCAGGUUUGAGGUUGACAUCCUAUCACGGGGCCAGUAAGAAAGAACGCGAGAGAUCCUUGGCCAAAGUGCAACGUCGUGGCGGUGUUUGUAUGACAUCAUAUGGCAUGAUUGUCACAAGCUUUAAGCAGCUUAGUGAAAAAGAUGGUCGAGAAUUUGUCUGGGAUUAUGUGAUAUUAGAUGAAGGCCACAAGAUAAAGAAUCCCAGCAACAAAUCCUCUAAAGGUCUUCACCAAAUCCCAGCACAUAACAGAAUCAUAUUAACUGGAACUGCUAUUCAGAAUAACUUAAAGGAGUUGUGGGCGCUGUUUGAUUUUGUUCAACAUGGAAGACUACUGGGAACACAAAGGACAUUUGCCAUGGAGUAUGAACAUCCAAUUACAAGGGCCAGAGAAAGCUGUUCAACUGUUGGAGAGAAGCGCCUUGGUGAGGAAAUGGCGGAGAGUCUCAGGCAGAUUAUUGCACCAUUCUUUCUCAGGCGCACCAAGAUGGAGGUUAAGGAACAGGCAAAGAAACGAGAGAAGAACAAAGAAGCUGUACCAACUGAUGAUAAGAUCUUAGAGAUGCCUGAGUUAACAAGGAAGAAUGAUUUGAUAUGCUGGGUAUACCUCUCUGAACCCCAACAACAAAUCUACACAGACUUUAUAUCUACAGAGAGAGUUCAAGAGAUGUUGAUGUCCAGUAAAUCCCCUCUGGUUGCUCUAAAUGUGUUGAAGAAGAUCUGUGAUCAUCCAAGGUUACUCUCCACUCAAGCAUGUAACCAACUAGGACUGGAUGGGGAAGAGGGUAUGGAUGAUGAGAUGCCUGAGAGCAUGUCCCAAGAGUGUGCAGCCAAUAGGAUCAACCAUAUUCCUGAUGAUGUCUUGCUCCAUGAAUCUGGAAAACUUGAGUUUACAUCACAGCUGGUUGACCAAUUGAAGUCAGAGGGACAUCGUUGCUUGAUCUUUUCCCAGUCUAGGAAAAUGCUGGACAUUGUUCAAAGGGUGUUAUCUAACAGGGGUCACAAGAUUAUACGACUUGAUGGUACUAUAAAGCAUCUUGAAGACAGAGAGAAACGCAUCAACAAAUUCCAGUCAGAUUCCUCAUAUACUGUGUUCUUACUGACUACCCAGGUUGGAGGGGUUGGGCUUACUUUGACAGCUGCCAAUCGAGUCAUCAUAAUUGAUCCAAGUUGGAACCCAGCCACAGAUAAUCAGGCAGUUGACAGAGCAUUUAGGAUUGGUCAGGACAAAAAUGUUGUCAUCUAUAGAUUGAUCACAUGUGGAACAAUAGAAGAGAAGAUUUACAGACGUCAAGUCUUCAAAGAUUCCAUCACACGGCAGACAACUGGUGGAGCCAAGAACCCACAUAGGUAUUUCACAAAGAUGGAGCUGAGAGAGUUAUUUUCACUAGGAGAUCCAAAGAGAUCCUCUACCCAGGAACAAUUGAACGCUCUACAUGAAACUGAAAGGAAGACAGACACAACACUGGAUGCCCAUAUAGCUUACCUGCAUACCCUACCUAUGUAUGGAGUUUCUGACCAUGACCUGAUGUUCUCCAAAGAAGUACAACAGGAAGAUAGCGACAAUGAAGACCUCACAGCUGGAACAGACUACAUUCAAGCCAGGGUUCAGAAAGCACAAGAUCUGAUAUCUAGAGAGUCUGAGCUAAAUGAAGGUCAGGGCAGUGAAAGCAGUCGUGUCCCAGACAGACCAAGGCCUGGAGGAAGUGGGGGAGUUGGUGUCAGUGAGUGGAGGCCUCCAAAACCUCAGUCACCAGAGGUUGACCUUACUAACGAAACAUUGGACAAUGACACAGAUAAUAGUAUAGAGGAGGUCUCAACUGAACAUGAUGAGUCUGGUGAUCAUGAUGAAGAGACUGAAGAACUAAACAAGGAUGUUGUUGCACAAGAGGAGGAGAUGAAUAAUACAGCUGCUAACCUCACAAUGGAGGACAUCGAACAAGGGGAAGAUGCAGAGGGAGAUAUGGACAAGGAAUACCAAACCCAGUUGGCCAAAGCAUUAGCUAUGAGUGAACAACAAUACCAACACGACCAACUUAACAAGUUUGAGAACUUGGCAAAUGAUAGUACAGCUAAUGAGAGAAGCAUCCAAGACACAUCUGCCAGUGAUUCUCCAUUACCACACCAUUUUACACCACACCACAAAACACAAAACCAUCUGGCUACUCCAGGCUCAGAUUUACCCCAUACCCCAGGGUCAGCUUUACCCCAUUCUCCAGGGUCAGCUUUACCCAAUAUUCCCAAAUCUGCAGUAUUGUCCCACACACCAGUGUCAUCAAAACACCAUCAGAAAGACACUAUAACGCCAAACAUUGUCCAAGAAGAUAUUCUUAUCUCCCCUGAUCCAACACGGCCUUUAGUGUCAACAACACCACAUGCAGAGGACUGCAAAAUGGCAAAACAACUUUUCCCAGAAAAUACAGAGAACCCCAAUGAAGCAAAGGAGUCAGACACAAGUGCAAUAGAAGAGUAUCAUAUGGCAGAUGAAGAUAUUGACAUGAAUGAAAGUGAGGAUCAUAAUAUGGAUAGUGAAAAUGAUAAUGGGAGUGAUAUGGUAAAUGAACAACCUAAAACUAUGGAUGAUUUACGCCAUAUUGUCGAAGACCACAAAAUGAAUGCAGAGAAGGAUAGAGACUGGUUAAGUUCGUCUAUAGUGAUGGACUCCACAGAAAACACACCUGUAAAAUCAAGUAAACCACCUAGGCGUAAAAGUCUAUGCUGUUCUCGAAACUUUGGUGAAGUGAUAAAGAAUAGCGAUGAUGAGUCAGAAGAAAGUGAAAGCGUAAAUGAAGCUGAUGAUUUCAUUAAUGAUGAUGUGGAAGUUGAUGAUGAAGAUGAUAGUAUGGAUAGUUUUAUAGAUGAUGGAAGCAUGGAGGAUGGUGCAGUUUCAGAACAAGAAGUAUCAUAUGACAAAUCCAGGAGCUCAAGCACUCCCAAGACUUCUCGUUCUAAGGGUGCUAGGAUAAUAGAGAGCAGUGAAGAUGAGGAAGUAAAUGAUGAGAUUAAUGUCACAAAUGAGAACGAGGCUGCUGAUGAUGAUAAUGAGGCCGAUAUGGAACAGAAUGAUGUAUCAUAUGACAAAUCCAGGAGCUCAAGCACUCCCAAGACUUCUCGUUCUAAGGGUGCUAGGAUAAUAGAGAGCAGUGAAGAUGAGGAAGUUAAUGAUGAGAUUAAUGUCACAAAUGAGAACGAGGCUGCUGAUGAUGAUAAUGAGGCCGAUAUGGAACAGAAUGAUGUUGAAGAAGAGGAUGAAGAAAAUGAGGAGAUUGAUGAAGAAGAGGAGGAGGAAGAAGAGGAGGAAGGGGAUGAUUCUGAUGAUGAAGAAGACUCAUUUUGUGCACUACCAGAGGAACAUAAGGAACUGUACAAUGAGCUAAUAAGCAAGGGCAGGGAGUGCUAUGCAGAAAAGAAUCCUAAAGGUGCCUAUAAGUGUUUCCUACAAGCCCUAAAGAUAUAUGCCAAUGAUGAGAAACUACAGAGUACAGUUUUACAGUUAAGAGAGAAACUCAAGAAAUUGAAAGCGGCAGAGUCUCAGUAGAAAGUAGAAAAGACUGUUAUAGAAUACUUGAGUACACAACACAUACAUGUAGGUUUCCAUAGAUGUCACGAGGUAUUGAUGUGAAAUUUACUGUAGUAGAAGUAUCAAAGAAUAAACUAUGGUAGAUAUCAUCGAAAUAAA